AUGGAAAAUGUCAUCUCAAAAGAGCAACAUGACUUAGCUGAACUAGGCUUUUGUAGAUGUCUAUUAAAGCAGCAUCGAUUCUCACGUAUUAAUGAACGGUUAGGCAAACGGCAGCAUCUGUCAUCAGCUGAAUUAUGGUUGAUUUAUGCGCAAGCACAACGAAACUUAGGUGAUUAUAAUAAUGCCCAAUUCGGAAUUCAGCGAGCUUUAAGUCUUGAUCGAAACAAUAUUGAUAUACAAAGAGAAGAAAAAGCGAUUAAAAUGAAAAAUGAUCGAUCACGAACAUACGAUCCAAUUGAUUUUGACUCCUACUCUUCAAGUCUUCGCAAUGAACACUCAGUUUAUAAUAUUUUAUCUAUUGACGGCGGUGGUAUUCGCGGUAUCAUUCCAGCGAUUUGGUUAAUGUCAUUAGAACAUAAGAUUCGACAACCGAUUUCGUCCAUAUUUCAUGUUAUAGCGGGUACAUCAACCGGUGCAAUUAUUGGUGCAGGUCUAACAACACCAUCACUGACUGAUUCAUCUAAACCUCGUUAUCAGGCAGCAGAUUUAGUUGAAAUUUAUCGUAAAAAAGCGAAACAAGUUUUCUCAAUAAAUGAAAACUUUAUUAGUCGGAUGCGAAACUAUGUGUUAAAAGAAGCCAAAUAUUUGGAUGCAGGUCGUCAUAUGUUGUUCAGUGAUUACUUUGGUGGCUCACGUCUAUCUGAUGCACUAGCCGAACUGAUUAUACCAGCAGUAAAAAGUGACAGUAAUGUCACUGAUAUAUUCACACGACACGGUAGUUUGAAAGAUAGAACAAAGAAUCAUCUACUGACGGAAAUACUUAUGUGUACAACAGCUGCACCAACUUAUUUUCAAGCUUAUAAACUCGAAAAUGUUUUGUAUGUUGAUGGUGGUGUACAAGCAAAUAAUCCAGCAAUGUUCGCCUAUGAUCAUGCUAUAUCUGCUAAUUGCAAUUGUGAUAAAAAUCGUAUCCGACUUCUAUCGUUGGGUACUGGAGAUUAUGUAUCCGAUUCGUUAAAUCCUAAUGAAAGUCGGAAUUUGCUAUUUUGGGCUAAAAAUCAUCAAUCUGUACUCAGAGUGCUAAUGGAUGGUCCUCAAAAUAAUAUUGAUCUCCAUCUUAAUAGCGUUCUUAAUGAGAAUUAUCACCGAUGGCAAAUAUGGCUUGAAAAUCCUAUUGACCUAGACGAUACUGAAGAAAACAGUAUUAACAAAUUAAUUGAUUUAGCAUACGGACAUUUAGAGGAAAUGGAAGCAUAUGAUAAUCGUCAUCGACUUGGCCUGUUAGUAGAAAAACUUCAGUCGUCAUUUGAAUCAUAA